AUGACAAUUCGUCGUUUAAAUGACUCGGCUAUUCGCAAACUUCGAGCUUCUUUUAUUUCAACUAUUGCUCAGUGCGUCGUCGAACUCGUUCAGAAUAGCCUUGACGCGUUAGCCACGUCCAUAGAAAUUCAUGUAGAUUUGAUGAAAUUUUUUAUUCAAAUUACUGAUAAUGGUUCAGGUAUUACACCAGAUGAUAUGAAAAAAAUUGCUACCUCAAAAUGUCAUACCUUAGAAGAUUUGGCACGUGUAAUCACUUAUGGUUUCCGCGGAGAAGCCUUAUCUUCUUUGGCUGAAGUCUCAAUCUUGGAAAUAAUAAGUAAACAUCCUGAUUGCUACGACACAUAUUGCACUAUUCUGAAGGGUGGUCAGCGUCUUCAAUAUGGACCGACACGAUGCAGACGUAGAAAGUCCGGGACUAUAAUUAUUAUUCGUGAUUUGUUUUACACUUAUCCUGUCCGUCGUAAGCAUUUAUCAGAGAAUAAAUUCAUCAAUGAACUCGAAAAUGUUAAAAAAUCAGUAGAAUCUUUAGCAUUAAUUAAUCCUCAAGUGACUUUCACUUUAAUUGACGCAUUAAGAGAUAGAAAAAUUGUUACUACAAGAAAGGUUGCAAAUAGUAUUUAUACUUUUCAUCAGCUUUUUGGAUCAUCUUUGUCGCAGAAUCUUGAAUCAGUAUACGCUGAAGAAGACGACAUCAAAAUCGAUGGAUUCCUUUCCCUUAGAGGGUUUCAUACGAAAAACUAUGAUGAACCUUUGGAAUACGGAUCGGAUUCUCCAUCAAAAUUUAAAAAAAGCUCUAUGACAAAGUCUCUAGAAAAGUAUCCGAUAUUCUUCAUUCAUCUCACUUGUCCAACAAUUAAUUAUGAUAUAUGUUUGGAUCCAGCAAAAAAUAUAAUAGAAUUUAAGAAUUGGUCCAAAAUUUUAGGCCUUUUAUCUGCACUAGUAUCUCAAUUUCUGGUGCAACAUGGUUUUUCAUUACGUGAGAUUGAGCCAAUACCAAGUUUAGAUGAUAAUUCUACCAUUUCAAUAAUUAAUCAGGGACCAAUCAAUCAUAAACGCGAUUUACCACUUUCUCUUGAAGAUAUAUUUCAUAUUAAAAGUGGAGGUCAGAGUCGGUACACAUUUCAAGAUAAAGAAUUUAAAAGAGGUUUAUACGACGUUAGCCACUGUGAUGAUCUUACCGAAGAUAACAAAGAUUCAGAGAAUAACUUCAGAGCGAAUCGACCAAGUUCUCAAGAUUUAAUUACCAGGAAAUCAAAAUCACACUCUUUUAAUGCAAACGUCAAAUUAAAAGCUAAAAUAGAUCGAAGUAGACUUAGAACAUCAAGCUUUCAUAAAGAUGAUGACAAAAUUAAUAAUUCGGGAGCGAUGUCUUGGGCAAAAGAGGCUUUUGAGAAAUGGAAUAAUCCCGUUUUCAAAAGCACGGAAGUUCCAAUUCCUAUGCUUAAAGUAAUGACCGCAAACAACAAAUUUUCCAUCACUAGCAAUUUUUUCUCAACUCGUACAAAUGUUUCGGAGCAUCGUUUUUGUAAAAAAGAUAUUGAGCAGGCUAAAGUUAUAGGACAACUUGAUGAUAAAUUCAUUGCUUGCAAGUUACCUUGUACGCAAAAUAUUGAUCAAAGUAUAGAUGAGAAUGGAGUUGUUGAACAAAGAACACGUAAUAUUUUGGUCCUUGUUGACCAACACGCAGCUGAUGAACGCGUGCGUGUUGAGAUGUUAAUGAAAGAAUUUUGUGAAUUUAAGCAACCGGAUCGAAUGGAUAUUGAUGGUGAAAUGCAGCAAGCUACUUCAUUUGUUGAAACAAUUCAACUUAAACCAUCAAAUAAGAUAAUUUUAACAUUUAGGGAGGCACAAGCUAUCAGGAGAUUUGAAGGCAACUUUAAUAAAUGGGGAAUAUUUUUUAGUGAUAAAUGUGAAGCCAAGUCCGAUAACAUGCCUAAUACGUCAACCACUUCUUUUGUUUCGCCGCAUUUCAUUUCUUCAAAAGAGGGUGACAUUAUUCCGAUCUAUGUGACUCAUCUUCCGAAAAUGAUUGCUGAUCGUUGUGUAUUAGAUACAAGAAUGACACAAGAACUUAUUCGUCAGCAUCUUUAUUGGUUAGAAGAUACAGGCGGGAUUGGCAUCGAUUUUAGCACAAAUGAUAAUACUGAUUUAUCUAGAGAAUGGCGGACAAUGAUAAGAAAAUGUCCAAGAGGCAUCGUUGAUAUAUUAAAUUCUAAAGCCUGUAGAGGUGCUAUCAUGUUUAAUGACAAUCUUUCAUUACAAAAAUGUGAAGAGUUGAUAAAAAAACUUGCAGAGUGUGAUUUUCCAUUUCAAUGUGCACAUGGGAGACCAUCAAUGGUUCCGGUACUGUACAUAAAUGGAUCUCAAAAUCCUAUUUCGGUAUAUGGUCAAUCAAAUAAUUGUGAUUGGAAAAAGAUCGGAAUAAAAUCUCUCGAGCAGACUGAUAGUCAAGAAACAGAAA